GACAAGCCGCUUUAUUUGCACGUCAGACCAAAUACUUCAAUUGUGGUUAACGCCGACCGGCACGGAUUUUACAGGCAAAACUAUGAUGCUGAGGGCUGGGAAAGAAUCGCCAAACAACUUAAAGAAAAUCAUAAGGUAUACAGUCCACGGACAAGAAACGCGAUCAUAAGUGAUGCGUUUGCAGUUGCACUAAUUGACAAACUUGAGUACGAGACUCUGUUUGACCUAUUGAAAUACGCCAAGGACGAAGAGGAACUUCUUCCAUGGAUCGAUAUCACAGUUGGAUUGUAUUCAAUUUUGAAGUACUUUGGCAACGAGCCGGAAUCGAAGUUCGCCAAAAGUUACAUGAUGAGCAUACUGGAACCAAUCUACAAAAAGAGCAGUAUCGACUAUCUCGUCAACAACUUCAAGAACGACUCUCUCUUUUUUGAAAAAAAGCAGUUAUUAGAUGCGUACUGUCACUUCGGAUCGAAGGAAUGCAUUGGACAGUAUAGUGAUCUCUUCGUGAAACACGUCAGUAGGAAAUGCAAGCAAGGCCACAAGGCGAGCGAAUGCGUAAAGGUCGCAGCCCCUCUUCGAGCGAUGGUUUAUUGCUAUGGUGUGAAGGAAGGAGGAGAUGAAGCUUUCAACAAGGUGAUGGAGCUCUAUAAUGCAGAGACUGUUCAGCUGGAGAAGGACUAUUUACUCCGAGCCUUAGGAUGUCACAAAGAUAUCACAGCCUUGAAA